AUGUCUAAUAAAAACUCUAAUAUCUCAUUUUUAGGAAUCCCUUUAAAUUCCCCUGAUGGACAAUGGUUCUCUUAUGGAAUGAAACUCCCUCAAAACUUGGCAGAAAUUGAUCAUUAUUUAUUCUCAAGAUUGAGACGUAAAUGGCUAGCUUUAGAAGGAAAGAAAAUACAAACAACAGUAAAAGUGGAUACUGACAAAAUUAAAGGAUUUGAAAUUCCUAUAGAAGCAAACCUUAUUUGGCCUAAAUUAUUUAGUAAUCCAACUGUCCAUUUUCCAUUAACUGCAGUUGGUAAUUUUAGUAUUGUUAAUUUGACAAUAUCAAAUCCAACAACGUCACCAAUAAUAAUACAAAUACUUCCUUUGGUUAUUUAUCCUGAUUCUGAUAGUUUACUCGAUAUUUUAAGUGAUGAAUUGUCAAUACCACCAUUAAUUAAUCCUAUAGAAUUGAAUGAAACAUUAAUGUUUUCAUUGCGUGAUACAGAAUUGUUUACUCUUAGACCUGGAAGUCCGACUCCAAAGCUUCGUGAAGAAGUUGAAAAAAUUAUUGAAGGUCCAGUUCCUCGAUUUACUUUAACUAUGCUGCUUCGCCCUGGAAUGAGUGCCCGUGUUCGUAUUGGCUUCCUACCUUCAGAUUAUUCUCUUCGGUCUUCUAUGAUGAUUAUAAGAAACAAUCUUACUGUUAUAGGUUGGAAUAUGUAA